AUCUCGCGAGGAGCACAGCGCCCUGUAUCCAGAUCUCCGCGGUGGGUUUGUGGCUGUUUGGGAGGGGAAGAGAUGCUAGAACCGCAGGAGGAUGGCCUGGUUGACCUACCAGAUUAUGAACAUACAGAAGAUGAAAUGUUCCCUGCUUUCCCCCCUCCGGCCUCUCCAGAGAGACGAGAUGAAGAGGCGGAGCGUGAGGAAGAGUCAGGGAGUGGAGUACGUGUUCCUGUGCCUCCAAAGAGAACAGUUAAAAGGAACUUGCCCAAGCUGGACGCUCAGAGGUUAAUUUCUGAGAGAGGACUUCCAGCCUUAAGGCAUGUGUUUGAUAAGACAAAAUUCAAGGGUAAAGGUCAUGAGGCUGAGGACUUGAAGACGCUCAUCAGACACAUGGAGCACUGGGCGCACAGACUGUUCCCCAGGCUGCAAUUUGAAGAUUUUAUUGACAGAGUUGAAUAUCUGGGAAAUAAAAAGGAGGUUCAGACCUGUCUAAAACGAAUUCGACUUGAUCUCCCUAUUUUGCAUGAUGAUUUUGUUGGCAGUAACGAAGAAGUAGGGGAAAAUAAUGGCCAUGAUGUAACUGCUACUGAAUUUGAUCCCUUUUUCACAAACUCGUCUGAAAGGGAGAAGCUUGCUUCUGACUCAAGUAGAACGCUAACAGAAGAACAACAACAGAGAAUUGAGAGAAAUAAACAACUGGCCUUGGAAAGAAGGCAGGCAAAGCUGCUGAGUAAUAGUCAAUCCUCAGGAAAUGACACUGUGAUGAACACAUCCGGGAUCCCGAUCAUUGAAGACGUUGAUACUGCUGAGGAUCAGGAGGAGGAGGCCUCUGGAGCGAGCAGAGGCGUCUCAGAUGGGCCGCCUGCCCACGCUGUGGCCGAAGAGGAAGGAAGCACAGAGGAACAAGAGGACGUGCUGUGGCUGGGCCAGCCCUCUUAGACUGGGCCGCAGAGCUGUGGACUUCAUCUGGGUAAAGGCGUCUGUUCAGUCACUUGUCCACGUGUGUGGGAGUACUGUAUAUUGUGUACUUGGUGUGAAAAUCCUUAGGGAGUCUUGAGUUUUCAUGUACUAAAACUCAGCUUUAGUUAUUAAGCGUAUUUAUUCUCUCUACUGUUAGGACCUCCUCAAAUGAUCAGUGGUUAAUAAGCAGCCUCUGCUGUUGCUGUGUGCCUUGGAUUCCUUGUUCAGUGGAUGUUGAUACAUAACUACAAUUCUUGUUGCCAUUUC